CCAAGAUGGCUACCGACGAAAUACCCGUUGUGGACUUCAGUGCUUUGAAUUUAGAAAACAAGGAUCCUUUCAGCGAAGUUAGUAAAGAAAUUGAGGACCUUGCUGAUCAAGUUUACCAAGCGUUUAGUACAAUUGGAUUUGUUUAUCUCAGAAACCACGGAAUUCCUCAAGAAAUGAUUGACACCGUUUUCAAGACGUAUGACAGGUUUUUCGAAUUUAGCCAAGAUGUAAAGGAAAAGUACACUAAGGAUAAAGGAACGUCUUCAAGUGGUUGGGAUGCUCUUGAGAGAGAAAGCACUAAUCCAGAGAGACCUGGAGAUCUCAAAGAAUCAUUUGAUGUGGGUGCAGUCUAUGAUGAAAACUUUAACUGGCCCAACAAAGACAUUCCCACUUUCCAGAGGACUGUUACCCCUAUAUAUGAGUCCCUAAUGGCUCUUAGUGAAAGGAUGCUGUCUUUAAUGGCUAUUGGCUUAAAAUUGGAGCCCAACAAAUUUGCCUAUGCAUUUGAGAAUAAGGGCACAUCCUCUGGCGGUACUCAGCUCAGGUACAACUACUACCCAAUGAUAGCAGAUGUCAGCAGAGUGAAGCCUGGGCAGAUACGCUGUGGGGAACAUACUGAUUAUGGUGGCAUUACGCUGCUGAUUCAGGAUGAUGUUGGUGGGCUUGAGGUUUCGAACAUUAAAUAUGAUGGGCAAUUUGUUCCUGCUACACCCAUGAAAGGGACAGUUCUGGUAAAUAUUGGUGACUUGAUGCAGAGAUGGACAAGUGACAGACUUAAGUCUACUGUUCACCGAGUACUGAUACCUGAAGUAGAACUUAAGAGGCGCGUACCUCGCCGGUCAUUGGUGUUUUUUGUUGACCCAGAUCCAUCUUCACUAAUAACUUGUUUAGAUGGCUCAAGCAAAUAUCCACCAAUAACUGCCGGAGAAUGGAUUAAGGGAAAACUCAAUGCCACAUAUAGUUACUGAGAGUGAGGCAAGUGAACCUAAACUUCACCAUCAUGCCUAAGUAAUUUGGAUUUUGAACUACUGGAUAAUGUUAUUUUUAUCUCAGUGAAGAAUAUAAGUUUUACACUCAACUAUUUAUAGGCUGGGCCUUUAGGUGUAGAAAUUGAUCCAGGUUUUUUAUCACUAAAAUCACAUGUUGCUUGGUGAUUGGUUAGACAGAACCAAUGUCACACUGUUAGCCAAUCAAAUUUAACCUUCAGUUGGUUGAUUGCAUUUUGUUGUACUUCAGGAACUUACCUUGCUUUUUUUUUUUUUUUUUACAUUUUAUUUUCAUGGUUACCUAUGAUGUUUUUUCAUUUGUUCUAUCCGACCAGUGUAGUUAGUUUAGUUUUAAUUUUAUGACAUUCAGUCAUAAUGUGUACUAUGUUAAACAGUUAGAUUCCAUGUAACUGUGCAACUGUUCAGUAAUACAUGUGGAUGGUAGAUGAAGUCAAAUUUGGUUAGUACAAAAAGUGUCACAUGGAUCUGUUCCUUGAAAGUCCUGUUAACUUAAAAGGCCGGAAGCCAUAUCUCAAUAUUAAAAUUUUAAGAUUAGAGGUGCAGGCUCUGGCACCCUUACCAGUUUGAUAAAUUUAUUGUUAAAUUUUCAAUCAUUUUGAAACCCCAUCUUGAAUGAGGACAGAACAGCUUGACAGGCCUGUUAAGGUACUAGGAUCUUGGAGAAAUGGGCCCCAGGGCUGCAGCCAAGUGUGUCACUGAUGCUCUUCCCAAAUUUUGAUGUUCUCUACAAACUCUUUCUUUACAAACCCACAGCAACAGAGAUCCUAGGUGUUCUAUAUGAUAAAAAAAAAAGCAAAGAUUUGUUAAUGGAUAUGUCAUCUAUGCAUUUGUCCUUCAAUAUAUCAUAAGAAAGAACUAAUCAAAAUGCUUGUAUGCCCCUUUAACUCCUAAGAUCUGAUUGUAAAUUCUCCCCUCUAGCUGCUACACAUGA